CUGGGACAGAACCUGUUCUUCCAGGGCCGGGUGGAAACCGUUGCCGAACCCCUGGGCUACUCGGUGCGCCAGGCCAAUACGGAGGCGGACUUCUGGAGCAGCUACGCGGAAGGGGAAACGGAACUGGUGCUGGUGGAUUUGGAAGGGGACGCGGAGACGUGGAGUUCGGUGCUGACCGGGUUGGGGCAGCGGGCUUCCAAUGAAGGCAAGUCCGGCCCCAGGAUAGUUGCCUUUGGCCCCCACGAGGACGUUGCCACGAUGGAGCGGGCAGCGGCGCUGGGAGCGCAGCAGACGCUUAACAAGGGGCGGUUCAGCUCUACGCUGGGGGAGAUUAUUGGGGUUCUGGUCAGCAGGAACUGGGAAGGGAUCUUUGCCGAACAGUUUAGCCAUGACCGAGACGUUCAAGACAAAAUGAACAUCAUAAAGUCAGCACGAGAUACGAUAGUAGCCCACCCCCGCAGUCAGGAUGUUGGACCUGAAGAGGCGAAGGCUUAUCUUUUCUUUAUUUCAGAGACAUUAAGACGUAUCAAUGAACCCGGCGCCGCCGAUGAGGUGAGUAACCUGUGUGCUGACAUCCCGGACGCCAACAUGUCGAGCCUUGCAACAGAAAUGGGGCAAAUGGCCAUGGAAAUUACUUCCAUAAGAAGCGACAACGAGCGUGCUGACUCGGAAAUAGACCGCCUCGCAGGUGGGUUUGCUGAGUACAAGCAGAAAAUAGAGGAUGAAAUUGAGGUUCUCAAGUCCUCGCUAGGAUUGAUGCAAAAUUUAAAGCAGAAUCUUGCCAACGAGUUGGCCGAGGUUAAUCAGAUCCCUGAACGGAUUAGAGAAGCGUUGGCAGAGUUCUUUACCUCACAAAAUGGCUCCGAAGAAACCUCCUUCAGUGAGGAAGAAUCCUUCGAUGACGAUUUUGAACUGGAUGACUUGCAAUUGUUGGAGGUAGAGCCUCUUGAAAUCUCAGAU